AUUCAGGAAACUUCUGGCAGCCUCCAGAUGAUGACGAAGCAGGGCUCUUCUAAGAGGGACCAGUCGUUGUGCAUUACGCACAAUGAGGGACAUCCCCUAAAAAAGGUGUGGAACAUUGUUCUAUAAAGAAGAAUAUUGUACAGCUGCCUGCUUCCUUCAUAAUGAACUCAAAUAAUCUUUAUGGACAGUCCCCACUAUUUGGACAAGUAACUUCAGGACAGCAUGCUCCAGUGUUUGGACAGUCUUCACAGGCCUUUGGGCAAGGUUCUUCAAGCCAGCCGGCCCUAUCCUUUGGACAGCAUUCAUCAAGCCAGCAAUCUCACGCUUUUGGACAAGCUUCUUUGGGUCAAACCCCUCCUGUUUUUGGACAGACUUCCUCAGGUCAGCCUCCUCCUGCCUUUGGACAGGUUUCUUCAGGCCAGCAACAGCUGACCUUUGGGCAGGCAUCUUCAGGUCAACAACCGCCUUUUGGGCAAGCAUCUUCAGGCCAGAAGCCACUAGCCUUUGGGCAGUCAUCUUCAGGUCAUCCGCCAGCCUAUGGACAGGCUUCUUUGGGCCAGCAACAACUUAUGUUUGGGCAGACAUCUUCAAGUCAACAACCAGCUUUUGGGCAGACAUCUUCAAGUCAACAACCGGCUUUUGGGCAGGCAUCUUCAGGCCAGCAACUGCAGUCCUUUGGGCAGACAUCGUCAGGCCAGCAACCUUUAACCUUUGGGCAGGCAUCUUCAAGCCAGCAACUGCCUGCUUUUGGACAGUCAUCUUCAGGCCAGCAACUGCCGGCCUUUGGCCAGACUGCUUCUACAGGCCAGCAAGCGCCAUCCUUUGGCCAGACUGCUUCUACGGGCCAGCAAGCGCCAUCCUUUGGCCAGACUGCUUCUACGGGCCAGCAAGCACCAGCCUUUGGCCAGACUGCUACUACAGGCCAGCAAGCUCCAGCCUUUGGCCAGACUGCUACUACAGGCCAGCAAGCUCCAGCCUUUGGCCAGACUGCUACUACAGGCCAGCAAGCUCCAGCCUUUGGCCAGACUGCUUCUACAGGCCAGCAAGCUCCAGCCUUUGGCCAGACUGCUUCUACAGGCCAGCAAACACCGGCCUUUGGCCAGGCUUCCUCUACUGUUAAGCAAGCGCCAGCCUUUGGCCAGUCUGCCUCUACUAACCAGCAAGCACCAGCCUUUGGCCAGUCUGCGUCUACUGGCCAGCAAGCGCCAGCCUUUGGCCAGUCUGCGUCUACUGGCCAGCAAGCGCCAGCCUUUGGCCAGUCUGCGUCUACUGGCCAGCAAGCGCCAGCCUUUGGCCAAGCUUCUUCUACUGGCCAGCAAGUUCCAGCCUUUGGCCAGGCCUCUUCUACUGGGCAGCAAGCACCAUCCUUUGGCCAGGCCUCUUCUACCGGGCAGCAAACGCCAGCCUUUGGGCAGUCUGUCUCUACUGGGCAGCAAACGUCAGCCUUUGGGCAGCCUGUCUCUACUGGGCAGCAAAUGCCAGCCUUUGGGCAGUCUGUCUCUACUGGGCAGCAAACGCCAGCCUUUGGGCAGUCUGUCUCUACUGGGCAGCAAACGCCAGCCUUUGGGCAGUCUGUCUCUACUGGGCAGCAAACGCCAGCCUUUGGGCAGUCUGUCUCUACUGGCCAGCAAGUGCCAGCCUUUGGCCAAGCCACUUCUGAACAGUCGUCUUCUGCCUUUGGACGAACUGCACCUAUAUUUGGGCAAGUCAGUACAGGCUCAUCCUCUCUGUUUGAACAGUCAACCUCAGGGCAGUCUUCUUUGUUUGGUUCAGCAGUUUCCUCACAUAAUUCUGUGUUUGGGCAAGCAACUUCUGGACAGAGCUUUGGAUUUGGACAGACAUCUCAAAAUCCUUUAUUUGGAAAUGUUCCAACUAGCCAAGGAUUUGGAUCAGAAAAGACAUCCUCCACUCCAAUAUCUUCUAGCUUUGGACAAAUUAGUACAUCUGUUCAGAAUACUUUGUUUAGUCAAGCACCUGGACAACCACCUCCCUAUGGUAAAACGUCUACUGGACAGAACCCUGGAUUUGGGAAAGAAACCUCCAGUCAGCCUCCAACAUAUGCGCAGGCCACCAAUGAGCAAAAACCUGCAUUUGGAUUUAGAGCACCCGAACAGACAGAUGCACGGUUACCCUUCCCACAGAGUACUAGUGCAUCUACGCAGAAUUCUGUUUUUGGAAUAAAUGUUAUUCAGUCUCAGAUACCUUCUUCUGUGCAGCCAACAGGGGCCUUUGGAAGUACUCAAUUAAAAAAUACUGUAAUUGAUGCAAAACAUUCAACUUUGGGGAAUACAACUGGCGUAACUGCAGCAAAUUUGGAGCACACCUUCAAACCUCCUGAGAAUGCAACUUUCAAACCAAUCUUUGGAGCUGUUUCUGAGUCAGAUAAAUCACAGAAUCAGAGGUCAACAUUAUCCUUUAAUGCUUCUAAGAGUGAGCACAAUACAUUUGGAAGUUUUACAGGGGAGACACCUAGCAGCAGCUUUUCAUUGGUAGCUGAGAAAAAUAAGGAGGAAUCAUUUAAACCUGUCUUUGGAACAGUUGGAAGCAGCUUUACAAGCUUUGUAAAUCCUGCCUCCAGCUCCAGACCUUCACACAUUGGUGAAAGCCCUGAAAAGGAGGAUUUACCUAAAGGACAAAAGAGGAAGGAAGAGUCUGGCCGUUCCCCACUCAGGCAUGUGCUUCCACCCUCUGAUAUGGCAGCCACACGCACUGAUCACCCCCCAGAUAAGAGGCCCACCAGGCUAGGGCGACAGCUUGCAGGAGGUGCCAACCUGUACGUGAGGAGCCUGUAUGAUGUGGUGAGAAGUCACAUGAACCCAAGACUCAGAAAAGAAUCCAACAGGGAAGAUGCACUUCCCUCACAACAUACAGACUCUGAGCAGGAUCUCUCAGCAUCUAUUCAACAAGAUGCUGGAAUAAGCCAACCGGCUGGGGGCAGAUCACAUUCUUCAGGAGGACUUGCACAAUCUGCACCAAACAGGUCCCAGCCUUUAGCAGAAUCUAGCCAGCCUGUAUCCUCCAGAGCACGUCCUUCAUCUAUACCCAGCCGGCCUAUAUCCAUUGGAACAAGACAGACACUAGAUGAGGAAUCGCCAACUGUAGAUACCACAGCAUUCCCCAACAAGACACCUCUACGCAGGGUGCGGCGUUCUGUCAGCUCAGACAGCACAGAGGGUCUUUCUCAAAGUGAAAUGACAACUAUCCAAUUGAAAAAUGUGCCUAAUAAUGUUAAUCAGAAGCAGAAGUUAGAAAAAUUCUUUGGCAAGUUUGGAAACUUGAAACGUGUGUAUUGCAGAACUGAUCGGAAGCUAGCAAUUAUUCACUUUCACCACAGCAGUUCUGCUAUGCACGCCAAGAGAAUGGUGAAAAAACUUCAUAAAGAUGUAUCUGCGUUUUGGCAAAAAAAGAAACAUAGUCCCAACAAGAGAGAAACUUUGCCGUCCAAGAAAGAGAAUGCAAAUAAUGAAAAUAUAGAAAGACAGAGUGAAGAAGAGACCAGUUCUUCUCUUUUCCCUGCACGCAAAUCACUACUAAGAGACCUGACCGGAGGCAGAGGACCCAAGGGGUCUCCGCACAAGAAAUCUCUCUUAUCAGCAACUGUGCAGCUUGAUAAGGAGAGUGCUGACUCCCUGGUAUCUUUAAGCGAUACAACUGGUGUAUCCAUUCCUCCAUCAUUAUUUCAUCUUGUGGGAACUGAGGCUGAAGGCUCUGAGGAAAAAUAUCGUCUGCUAGACCAAAGGGAUAAGAUACUGCGACAAGCCCGUGUGAAGAGAACUGAAUUGGACCAGGCCAAAGUCUUUGUGGGAACAUGUCCAGAUAUGUGCCCUGAGAAGGAGCGAUAUAUGAGAGAGACUCGAAACCAGCUUAGUGUGUUUGAGCUUAUUCCAGGAACCGACAAGCUCGACCAUGCAGCUGCUAUAAAAGAGUAUAGCCGUUCCUCAGCUGAUCAGGAGGAACCGUUGCCUCAUGAACUACGUCCUACACCAGUACUGAGUAUGACAAUGGAUUACCUGGUGACUCGUGUGAUGGACCAAGGAGAGGGAAACUAUCGGGACUGGUAUGACUUUGUUUGGAACAGAACUCGUGGUAUCCGUAAGGAUAUCACACAACAGCACUUAUGUGACCCUGUCACAGUCUCAUUGAUGGAGAAGUGUAUGCGCUUCCACGUACAUUGUGCCCACCAACUGUGUGAAGAGCCUAUGUCUUCCUUUGAGCCCAAGAUAAACAAUGAGAAUUUAACCAAAUGUCUGCAGAGUUUGAAAGAAAUGUACCAGGAUCUGCAGAAUCGUGGCAUAUCCUGCCCCUCUGAGCCAGAAUUUAGAGGUUACAGUGUCCUACUUAACCUCAACAAGGGUGAUAUCCUUUGGGAGGUUCAGCAGUUUCGUCCAUCAGUUCGGAACUCUGCAGAAGUGAAAUUUGCAGUGCAAGUCUUUGCUGCACUGAACAGCACUAAUUUUGUUCGGUUCUUCAGAUUAUUCCGGUCAGCCUCAUAUCUAAAUAGUUGCAUCUUGCAUUGUUACUUCAAUCAGAUUCGUCGAGAUGCUCUGCGUGCUUUGAAUGUGGCAUAUACUGUUGGCACCCAGCGCUCUACCUCGUUUCCCUUGGAAAGCAUAGUGCGCAUGCUGCUUUUCCAUGAUGCUGAUGAGGCCACUGAAUUUCUUACUUCGUAUGGUCUGACUGUGUCUGAUGGUUCUGUAGAGCUGAGCCGUGUAGCAUACCUUGAACCAGAGGUCCCACCUCACCCUAGAAAGUGUUCUUUUAUCAGCCAGAAGUGUAAUGUCUCUGUGGGGGAAGUGGUAAAUGGCGCUCCUCUUCCACAAUUUUCUCUGCACAUCCCCAUUUGCAGCUUUGAUGCUCAGAACAAGUAUGUAGGUUCCAACAGCACAAUAGAAAAUGAACCAAGAGAAGUGCCACCAGCAGAAAAAUCUGAGGAGAAAAUCUUUGAACCUGAGAUACAAAUCAAUAAACAGACUGCUGUGCUGCUCCCAGAUGCUAAAGAACCUUCACCUUUUGCAAGCCAGUCUGUUUUCCAACCGAUUAUGCCACCUGUGAUAAAAGCACCAUCCCCACCUAAGCGUCCCCCGUCCCCACCCAAACCACUCUAUUGUGAUGAGGACAUUGCUGCUGUGGUUGAGGGAGUAGUGGAUGAGCUUGUAAGAGAGCACAGUGCUGAACUUGGCCAGUCUGGAGCUGCCUUUGUUUCUUCUGCUUUAAGGGAGUCUUCCAAUUUCACAGAUGGGCUGCUUACUGAUGUGAUCUCAGAUAUCUUACGUCAAGUUGCAGGAGAAGAGCUGAGAGCAGAAGUGGAAAGAGUGAAGGCAGAGUUACGCAGAAAAUCAGAGGAAGCCAAAGUGAAGCUGGAGAGGGAGCGGCUCCUGUCCAUGCUUAGCCAGUCUCUAUGCCAGGAGCUGAUGAAAGAGGUCUUGAGUCAGAGCAUCUAUGAUGUGACCAGUGCAGAACUGAGGCAAGCCAUACAACUGGCCCACAAUGCUUGCAUUGCUCGUUGCUCCCAGUACGUGAGUGACCAGUAUGUCGAUCAAUUUCUGCAGGAGGAAACAUUUCAAGUGGCCAGAGAAUCACUGCAUGAGAUGCAGUGUUGCAGUAAAUAUUUACAGAGAUGGAGAGAGGUGUUAGCUGCUCGAAAGAAGCUAAGACGUCAGAUGAGAGGAUUCCCAGCUGCUCCUGGCUCUGUGGGAUGUGAUGAUAAACUGAAGGCUUUAAUUCCUAGUGCUCGUGCAUGUUCUCCGCAAAAUAUGGCAGAAGGCAUCCUCGACAUGGGGCAUGCUGGGAAACUUGGGGUCUCCUUUACCAAGUGCCAAAGACUAAGAGAGCAGACAUUCCAUGAGAUGAAAGUCCAGCAUUUCUACCAGCUGCUACUCUGUGAUGCUGCAUGGGCUCCUUUAGAUUUGCCUCCUUUGGUCGUUCAGAGACUGCCCUCAUGGAGAGAAUGUGUGUUCUGGAAGCUGGUUUUGAUUCUGCCGCAAAUUUCAGAGCCUGGAAGUGUGUUGUGCGAUUGGCUGAAGGCAAAACUCAGUGGUCCAAGUAACCAAUUGGUGGAGCAGCGAGAGCAGCGGGUGCAGACAUUGGCACUGUACAACUCUUUAGAGUCACAGGAAGGUCGCUCUGUGCGGGUGAAUGUCUGUGUAAAGGUGGCAUAUGGCCCCCUCACACCCAGUGAGAUGGAGGAAGCAGAGACUCAGAAGGAGCUCUUGGGUACUAGUGGCUUUGUGCUCCUAUUGCCGCCCCGAGAUAAUGUGACUGAAGAAGAUGUAUAUUGGCUCUCAGCAAUACUGCAUCUCAAGCAGAUGCUUCAGGCCAAGCCUUUCCUACCCCCACCUCCACUUGCUGUCUUGGUGCCCUGGCCUUGUCAGGAGUCUGUGUCUGAAGUGGAGGAAGGACUUAAUCUUCCAGAACUGCAUACAUGUGGACUAAUUUCAGAGUAUCUUAUUGUAUCUAUUCCUGAUUACAUCAAUGAUAUGCAGGGAACAAAAGAGGUUUCUCGUGCUGUGCAUUUUUUGCUUUCUCACUCUCCUCGCUCCUUGGAAUUGUGCUCCCUGCCUCUGCAGCAGUACAUAGAAGACGGCUUGUGCCAUAUUUUUGCCGAUUCAUUUUAUCUAGACAUGCAGGAGCGCAGACAGGCAGGCAUGCCUUCACAGGAUCCUGCUGCUAUUAUUGAUCUGUACAACGAAGCACUGCUGUUCCUGGCUGCAGCUCUGUCCUCAGAACUUUUUUCUGAUAUCUCUUGGCCUAUGAUAGAGUUCACAUGUCACAAAGAGAGUACGCUGCUACCACAGCCUGGCUGGAACAGCCCCUGCCACCUGGCAUGGCUGAAGCAGGCUGUGCUCUCCUUCCAGAUCCCUCAGAUGGACAUGCCGCCUCCAGGGGCUCCCUGGCUUCCUGUGUGCUCCAUGAUCUUGGAAUAUGUCUCUCAGAUAUGUACAAGUCCACAGGCUCUCCCUGUACUGCUUUCAGAAGUUCAAUGCCUCCUGGGACGGACCUACAGACACUGGCGUGAAAUGGAUUUAGAAACCAAAGAAAAAGGACCCCCUGUGCAGGACAUUCCCUGGGAUGACUUACUCACCCUCUGCAUCAACCAUAGGCUGAGAGAAUGGAAUCCACCCAUGACACCUAGUGCCACAGGGCCUACGACUGGAGAACUAUAUGUGUAUUUUAUGCAGGACGAGUUAAAAAAUUUCGUCCCGCCAAAGUCCUGGACUGAUGCUCAACUUGACACUCACAGAGACAUGCAGAGAAGCCCUGGCAGAUGCCACUCUUCCCUUCAGCAGUCACAAGCCCUGAGACCCUUUGGUGUAAACGCUUACGAGAGUUUGGUGAAUCCAGAAGUAAAUAAAGAACAGCCUUACACAAGCCACCUUCCUCAACAACUGAAAUACUCGCUGAAGGUGGAGAAGGAGGAAAGCAGGAGGUUUGAGGAAACACUUGAACGGUUGGUUGCUGAGGGUCCAUUAGAUCAGUCUGCAUCUCUCUCUCUCCCAAUGUACCUUCCAGAAGCUCUUCUUGGUGACUUAGAGACCACACUUAAUCUGACGGACAUUACAGAGUGCACUCCUGCUGUGCGAGAGUCUUUGACAACCUAUAAAAUGUGCUUUCCCUCAGCACAAAGGCUUCGGACAGAGAGUGCUGUGUGUGCACCCCAUAUGCAAGGAUCUCUGAUGGAUAGCACAAUAAGUUUUCCAUCUGUACAGCGAUCUGUAACAGACAAUAUGAAUACGCUUCGUAGGCUUCUGCAGGUGAGUCAGCAAGAGGAUGCAGCAUAUGAGCUACAUCUCAAGACACUGCUAGAUGUGGGGGAUCAUCGAUAAGGAAAUUAAGAGAUUAUGAAUUCAGCACUCCCACCCUACAAAAUGGACACUGCACAGUGCAUAGUAGUAGUCAUCUUGUACCAACCCCAUAAAUGCAGACAUAACCAUGUGCCUAAGGUCUUCACAGUUUACUCUACAGUAAGCACUUUUUUUUAUCUGCAGAAUGUACAGUACAGUCUUGUUACUGUACACCAAGCUACAAUGAUCAAGACUACCUGCUCUAGCUUUCCAUGCUAUUUUAAGAUUUUUUUUUCUAAAUAUGUUUAUUCACUUGUGAGAAUUAGUACAAAUAUUAAAAAGAAUACAAAAAAAA